UUUUAGCUAAGACGCAGGCGCGACUAGCUGCUACUGCGGGGAUCCCUCCGACCCUUCCGGUCGGUACAACCAAUCCGUGCACCGAGAAGCGGGGCGGACCGAGAGCCGCUGAGGGAGCUCAGAGCCACUGCCACGGCAGGGGCGUGGAGUGCAGGGGCGGCCCAGGCGGCAGUUGUAAAUAUGGCUCAAAACAGAGACGGCGGAAACCCCUUCGCCGAGCCCGGCGAGCUUGACAACCCCUUUCAGGACCCAGCUGUGAUCCAGCACCGACCCAGCCCGCAGUAUGCCACGCUUGACGUCUACAACCCUUUUGAGGCCCGGGAGCCACCACCAUCCUAUGAGCCUCCUGCCCCUGCCCCAUUGCCUCCACCCGUGGCUCCCUCACAGUCCUCCAGGAAGCUCAGCCCCACAGAACCCAAAAACUAUGGCUCGUACAGCACCCAGGCUUCAGCUGCAGCAGCCACGGCUGAGCUGCUAAAAAAGCAGGAGGAGCUCAACCGGAAGGCAGAGGAGUUGGACCGGAGAGAGCGAGAGCUGCAGCAUGCUGCCCUAGGGGGCACAGCUACUCGGCAGAACAAUUGGCCCCCUCUACCUUCUUUUUGCCCAGUUCAGCCCUGCUUUUUCCAGGAUAUCUCCAUGGAGAUCCCCCAAGAAUUUCAGAAGACAGUAUCCACCAUGUUCUACCUCUGGAUGUGCAGCUCUCUGGCUCUUCUCCUGAAUUUCCUCGCCUGCCUGGCCAGCUUCUGUGUGGAGACUAGCAAUGGCUCAGGCUUUGGGCUCUCCAUCCUCUGGAUUCUUCUUUUCACUCCCUGCUCCUUUGUCUGCUGGUAUCGCCCCAUGUAUAAGGCUUUCCGGAGCGACAGUUCAUUCAAUUUCUUCGUGUUCUUCUUCAUUUUCUUUGCCCAGGAUGUACUCUUUGUCCUCCAGGCCAUUGGCAUCCCAGGUUGGGGGUUCAGUGGCUGGAUCUCCACUCUGGUGGUGCUAAAGGUCAACACAGCUGUAGCUGUGCUCAUGCUGCUGGUUGCCCUGUUCUUCACUGGCAUCGCUGUGCUGGGAAUUGUGAUGCUAAAGCGGAUCCACUCCUUGUACCGCCGCACAGGUGCCAGUUUUCAGAAGGCCCAGCAAGAAUUUGCUGCUGGUGUCUUCUCCAACCCUGCAGUGCGAACCGCAGCUGCUAAUGCAGCCGCUGGGGCUGCUGAAAAUGCCUUCCGGGCCCCAUGAACCCCAACUGGGAUGCCCUGUCCCUGUCACUUGAGGGAACUAACUUAGCCCCCAUCCCUGAGCUCCUUGGGACUUGGUGAGACAUCACUACUUGAUGUUUCCUCUAUAGUGCCCCCAGUCCCACAGCUGAUUGCUGAAAUUGACUUGGGGGUACAGAGAGCCCAGUGUGACCUGUCACUGCCUCCCACCCCCAACCCCUAUCAGGCCACACUACUGCCACCUCUUACACACCCCAACCCAGCUUCCCCCUGCUGUGCCAAGGCUGUUACUUCGGUUAUUUAAAUAAAGUGGAACUGGAACUCACA